UCGGCAGGGGGGGGGGACGUGGUCAAAGCUCUCCGCCGAUCAGCUGCGGAAUCUAAACGUAGCUGUGGCCGGCUUGCGCAAGCCGCCACUGCUGCGCGCCGCCACACUGCGCACCGCGCACGCGGACACGCGGCUGAUCGCGCACACGCGCGCUUGGUUCUAUGGAGACAAGCGAGCAGCUCCGAGUCCCAACGCGGAGCUGCUCGCGCGUCACAGGAAGCGACGCGCGUCGGUACAUAGAGGGCGCGCAGGAAGCCCCGACCCCUCGGGCCGACAGACGCGCUUCGUCAACAGAAGCCCCGAAGGCACGAGCCGCUCUGGAGAAGAAUCCCACAGACAGAUUUUCCAAUCAUUUGUUGUUGUUUUUUCCGCACACAAUUUUUGGACCCAGACAUCGAAGGAGCCACAAGGGCCAUUUUCAGUCCGCAAGAAAGCCAGAGAACAUGGGCACCUGCCCCAUCAAGUAUCGAUCCAACCGGCCGACCCUUGAAAAUCCACCCGAACCGUCAUCGCAAGCCCCUCAGGAAAGCAUGAUCGUAUCCCUCCACAACUACCCGUCCUUUGGUCACUCUGAAUCGACCAUGUGCAUUGGGGAAAGGCUCACCAUCAUUACAGACGAUGGUGAUUUCUUGAUGGUGAGAUCCACGACCACGGGCUGUGAGAACUACAUUCCCACCAACUACACCGCCAAGGUGACACACAGGUGGCUGUUCACGGACAUCAGCAGGUACAAAGCCGUGGAGCUGCUCCUGCAGCCCAACAACCAGAGUGGAGCCUUCUUGAUCCGAGAGUCGGAGACAGACAGAGACUGCUAUUCGCUGUCCGUCCUGAGGAAAACCAACUCCUCGUGCCUAGACGGCGUGAAGCACUACCGCAUCUCGCAGCUCCAAAACGGCUGGGUCUACAUAUCUCCGGGACUCACCUUCCCCUCCCUGCAUCACCUGGUAGAACACUAUUCAGAGUCAGCAGAUGGACUGUCGUGCCGGCUCACAGCGCCUUGCUUCAUCCUGGGUUCAGAAAACGCUACAGAGGACAGGCCGAUACCCACAACUAUCAGGAGGCCCACCAUCAACUGGAAGGACAUCAGCAGGUCGGUGAUCUUCAAGAGGAAGAGGUCGGAGUCGGACAACUCUCUGGUGAGCGAGGGGCUGAGGGAGGCCAUCAGCUCUUACAUCCAGAUGACAGAAGGCAGUCAUCACAGCUGGGACGCUUGAGGGGAAGAGGCGGCGGAUCGGUCCGGGGAGGACGAAGUCGGACACAUCGUGGACAAAUGCGGUCGAGCACUGAGCCGCCUCACCUGCAGUUUGGGGGCAGGCAGAAGAGAAGCGUCGUCAGCAUGCGGCCUUCGUGUACACACACCGCCCCAGCACAGGCACGAGGGCCGAGACACUACAAUGCUUGGAGUCGCGAGCAUUGUAGCACUGUUUGUCAGCAAGAGGUGUUUUUAUUUGUGUGUGUGUGUGUGUCCAAAUAGGCACACAGUGGAUCUGUGAGCUGAAAAUUAAAAAGGACAGUGAUUGCCA